AGUGAAUAACUUUAGAUAUUUCUGCUGUGGCUACGUUCACGAAAGUUAAAGGAAUUGCUCAAAAAUGCCGAGUCAAGAGGUUGUAACAACGAAAGUUGUGGUGCAUCCUUUAGUUUUAUUAAGUGUAGUGGAUCACUUUAAUCGUAUGGGAAAAAUUGGUAAUCAAAAAAGAGUUGUUGGUGUUCUUUUGGGAUGUUGGAGGGCGAAAGGCGUGCUGGACGUGUCAAAUAGUUUUGCAGUUCCUUUUGAUGAAGAUGAUAAAGACAAAAGUGUGUGGUUCCUUGAUCAUGAUUAUCUUGAAAAUAUGUAUGGAAUGUUCAAAAAAGUUAAUGCUCGUGAAAAGGUAGUAGGUUGGUAUCAUACUGGACCUAAAUUACAUCAAAAUGAUGUUGCAAUUAAUGAAUUAAUCAGAAGAUAUUGCCCCAAUUCUGUUUUGGUCAUCAUUGACGCUAAACCUAAAGAUCUUGGUCUUCCAACAGAAGCAUAUCAAGCUGUUGAAGAAGUUCAUGAUGAUGGCUCUCCAACAUCUAAAACUUUUGAACACAUUCCUAGUGAAAUUGGUGCAGAGGAAGCAGAGGAAGUAGGUGUAGAACAUUUAUUAAGAGAUAUUAAGGAUACCACAGUUGGUACCUUAAGUCAAAGAAUUACAAAUCAAUUAUUAGGUUUAAAAGGCCUUCACGAACAAAUUAGAGAAAUUAGAGAUUAUUUACUGCAAGUUGGUAGUGGUAAAUUACCUAUUAAUCAUCAAAUUGUUUAUCAGCUACAAGACAUUUUUAACUUACUUCCUGAUAUGACACAAACUAGCUUUGUUGAUUCGCUUUAUGUGAAAACAAAUGAUCAAAUGUUAGUUGUGUAUCUUGCUGCUCUUGUUAGAUCUAUAGUGGCAUUACACAAUUUAAUCAAUAAUAAAUUAACUAAUCGUGACGCUGAGAAAAAAGAAACAGAUAAAAAGGAAACAAAAAAGGAUGAGAAGAAAGAAGAAGAAAAAAAAGAUGAGAAAGAUAAAAUAAAAAAUAAAAGUCAGUGAACAAAGUGAAACUGAAACUAAUUUGUGUGAUUGAGACUGUUAACAUUACAGAAGUUCACAAUUGCAAAGUUUGUUUAUACAUGUACAAAUGUAUUUUGUGCUUACAAACAAUUGGUAUUUCAAAUUAACACCAAAAUAAAACAAAUGACGAAUGUUUUUAAAGUGUUCUAUCACAUAUACAUUAAAUAAAAGAUAUAAUGGUAGAGAUGCAGUUACACAUUUCCACGAUUUAUAGCAAACACAAAUUAUAUUAAUAAUUUUGCACAAUUAUUAAGAAUUUUAAUAUUAAACGUUUAUGAGAUGAUAUAACGUAAUAACUGUGUAAUAACGGAUAAACUUUUUUUUCUAGGAAUGAGCAACUGCCUCAAAUUACCUUUAACUUUUAUAUAAUGUAUUAAUGGAUAAAAAAUUUCGUGAUUUUUUCAUGAACCAUGAAUAUUAUUCAAUUGUCAUUAACGAUACAUUUGAAUGUACCGAAAUUUUCUAUAUUAUCUGAAAAUAGCAGAUAAGAUUCUUAUAAUAUAUACAGUCCUUAGAUAUUAUGAACAUGUUUUCUAGAGAAUUUAAACAUUCUUAAUCAUUACAUUACGUUACUAAUAAAAAAAAAAA